AUGCGGAGUGCAAGGACCAACUGGGUGUGUACGGAGCUUGGUCGGGGAGCACUAGACACUAGACAGGUUGCUGUUGCCACAAGGUCUCCUGAGUGGAUUUUGAACAAGGCCAAGAAUCACAUCGGCUAUGGCUUCGACGGACGUGUAAAUCCUGGAGAGGUGCAGGUUUCCGCUGUGUCCGGCGAUACUCCCGAUUGGUUCGUCGGGCCCAGGACCUUCGAAGGCCCCUUCCACUGCAAAUCCGUUCCGGUCCGGCGAUGCCCAGACGUCCACUUCAGACCAGAUGGCAAGAUGCUCUACACCGUGAAGACCUACCAUCAGGGUGGCUUCCUCGACACCAGCGAGGUGCACCAAGUGAUCGGCACCAAAGGCCGACCUUGGGCCGAACCCACCCGGAUCAUUCUUCCCGGCUCCUGCCCACCGCCAUCGAUGUUCAAGCAUAAGGAGCAGGCGAGAGCUAAUCCCCCGUGGCUGGAGAAGGCGACAGCAAACCGUGCCAAGAUUAGUCAUUUGAUUCAUGGAGGGUGUACGGUGCUCAACAGCACCUAA